AAAAAAUAUAUAUAUUUUUUGAAUCAAAAUCUCUCUCUUUCUCCCUUGGAAAUAACUACUUGGGAUUUUAUUCUAUUAGUAUCUUUGGAAAUUGGUUUGUGUUCUUUGUUUUUCUAGUUCCCCAAAUUCUAAAAAUAGACACUUUCAACUUCUACUCAUCGCUUCCUCCUCAAUAAAACCCUCUCCUUUUGAGUUUUUGACAUAAUGCUUACGUUGUGAGCCUAUUUCUCUCUCUCUCUCUCUCUCUCUCUAGGAUCAUCAUUUUGUGUUGAGCAUUUCUUAUUCUCUCUCUCAAAAUGGGGAAAGCUACCAGAUGGUUGAAAGGUUUAUUGGGGAUCAAGAAAGAAAAAGACCCAUCUCCCAAUUCAAAUUCAAAUUCAAAUUCAAAUUCAAAUUCCACAACCCUCGCCGCCCAAAGAAAGGAUAAGAAACGCUGGAGUUUUGCUAAGUCCCUUAGAGAUUCCGGCCAAACGCCGCCUCCUCCACCUGACACUACUUGGUUCAGAUCCUCGUACAUUUCUGAUUCCGAGAAAGAACAGAACAAACACGCAAUUGCUGUAGCUGCAGCCACCGCCGCCGCCGCAGACGCCGCUGUCGCAGCCGCUCAAGCGGCGGUCGCCGUCGUCCGUCUCACUAGCCAAGGAAGAGGGUCUCUGUAUAUCACUGGAAGAGAUCGAUGGGCUGCUGUGAAGAUUCAAACAGUUUUUAGGGGCUAUUUGGCAAGAAAGGCCCUGCGAGCUCUCAAAGGGCUUGUUAAAUUGCAGGCUGUGGUUAGAGGAUUUCUUGUAAGGAAAAGAGCUGCUGCUACUCUUCACAGUAUGCAAGCUCUUUUUAGAGCUCAAACUGCAGUUAGAACUCAAAGAGCUCGUCGAUCUUUCAACAAAGAGAACAGGUUUAUCCCCGACAUUCGACCCCGAAAAUCCUCGGAAAGGUUUGAUGAAACAAGAAGUGAACUAUUCCCUAGUAAGAGAUUGUCUGUAGCAUCAUCUUAUGAAACAAGCUGCAUGAAUUCAUUGGACGAGAGUCCGAAAAUCGUGGAAAUCGACACCUACAGAACUCGAUCAAGGUCUCGUAGGUACAUUUCGACAUUGUCAGAAUGCGGAGGAGAUGAUGUAGCUUUCCAAACAAUCACUUCGUCGCCAAUACCUUGUCCGAAUCGUCCUCGUGUCGUCGUGGAUUGCCACAACAAUGUGCUUCGAGACUUCGAAUGGUGCUUAAUGGGGGAGGAUUGCAAGUUCCCUACAGCUCACAGCACGCCUCGGCUAUCGAAUAACUCAUUCGUCUCAGCCAACGUGCCAGUCACACCAUCGAAGAGUGUAUGUGGCGACAGCUUGUUCAGGCCAUACAUGAACUAUUGCCCCAAUUAUAUGGCAAACACACAAUCAUUUAAGGCAAAACUGAGGUCUCAAAGUGCCCCAAAGCAAAGGCCAGAGCCAGGCUCCAAGAAGAAGCUAUCAUUGAAUGAAAUAAUGGCAGCAAGAAACAGCUUAAGCAGUGUAAGAAUGCAAAGACCAACAAACCAAAUGCUGCAAGAAGAAGAUGAAGAAGAAGAAGAAGAAGAAGCAUAUGGUUUUUGAGUGAUCUGUUACUGUGUUUUCUUUGUUUCUUUGUUUGUUAAGCUUUUUAUUAAAGCAAGAAAUGGGAUAGAAUCAUAGAACAAGAAGAAGCUGAAAUCUGUCUCUAAAAGAAGCUCUUUUUUUUUUUUUUUUUUUUCUGCUUCCACAUUUUACUGUUAAAAAUCUCAAGGAAUGAAUGAGAUAGAUACCAACAAAGGGAGCUUGUAAUUAAAUUUCUUUUUACCACAUUUCUCUUUCAAACAACCUUUCAAUGUUGAUGUUUUUUUUUUUCUUUUUUCCUUUUGGGUGGGGAGAGAUUAUUGUUUGCUUGAAAUGAAAUCAAGUUUUAAGGAU